UGUCAGCUGACAGUUGUGGCCAACCAGCGGGUGUAGCAUCUCAACCGAAGAGACCUGAACGGAGCAAAAAGCCUUCCUCUGUCCACACCAACCGUCUCAGGCGCGGAGAACCGGACAGCCGUUACCCCAGACACCCGGCCACGUCUUCCCGCCUCCCGCAGGAUGAGUGUCGGCGCUCCGAGAGGCCUGGCCAGCUCGGGGCAGAAGCCCAUCGCGGAGAUCCUCCACCCGCUGUCCGCCGCCGAGGAGCCCCUCUCCGUCACCGUCAACAUCGGAGGGGACAAGGAAGCUGGGCUGACCAACGGCACGCCGGUUGAGACAUCGAGUCCCGCCUCCACGUCCUCGCUCUUCAACAGGCUGCAGCUGGACGACGACCUGGAAGCAGAUGUCCGGGACCCUUACGCAGACACCACAGAAACCCGUGACCUCUUUGUCACAGUCGACGACCCAAAGAAGCACGUCUCCACCAUGGAGACGUACAUCACCUACAGAGUCUCCACCAAGACAACACGGAUAGAGUUCGACCUACCGGAAUACUGCGUGCGGCGGCGCUACCAGGACUUUGACUGGCUGAGGAUCAAGUUGGAGGACAGCCAGCCAACCCACCUCAUCCCUCCAUUGCCAGAGAAGUUCGUGAUGAAGGGCGUGGUGGAUCGGUUUUCGGAGGAGUUUGUAGAGACGAGGAUGAAAGCUCUGGACAAGUUCCUGAAGCGAGUUGCAGAUCACCCAGUCCUCUCCUUCAACCCACAUCUAAACGCUUUCCUAACGGCCAAGGACCUGAACAAGCGUCAGGGUCUGGCCCUGCUGACCAAGGUGGGCGAGUCAGUGAAGCACGUGGCCGGAGGCUACAAGCUGCGAGCGAGGCCAGCUGAGUUCUGUGCCAUGGGAGAAUACCUGGACACCUUCAGCCAGAAACUGGGAACCAUCGACCGCAUUGCUCAGAGGAUCCUCAAAGAGCAGUCAGAGUACUUGACAGAGCUGCGUGAGUACGGCACCGUGUACUCAAGCUGGGUGGGCUCAGAGGAGGAGCUGCGGCGCCCCCUGGAGGGCGUGGCAGGCUGCGUGACGACGUGCUGCGGUGCGCUGGAGGACCUGAGUGAGAACAUGAGCCAGGACUUCCUGCCUGUACUCAGAGAAUAUAUCCUCUACAUUGAGUCCAUGAAGAAUGUUUUGAGGAAGCGAGACCAAAGUCAGGCGGAGUACGAGGGCCGACUAGAAGCAGCCAUAUUGCGCAAACAAGAGGACAGAACGCCAAUCCCGAUGGAGGUAGAGAAAUGUCAGGACAAAGUGGAGUGUUUCAACGCUGACCUGAAGGCAGACUGGGAGCGCUGGCAGAGCAACAAGAGACAAGACUUCAAACAGCUUCUCACCGGCAUGGCUGACAAAAACAUGAGCCACUAUGAAAAGUGCCAGGCAGCGUGGGAGUCACUCAUAACUCUCCUCCAGGACAAACAGACUGAGGACAAAACGAGUGAGACGAACUGAAACAUCUCCUCGUGUCUCUGCCCCCUAUCGCCCUCCCUCUCCAUACGAUACACUCUCUCAUGCCAAGGAAAAGGACCAACUGGGCUGCAGAUGUGAACUGCUGGACUUUGCCCCUGUUCUCCUGUGAGACUGUUGUAUGAAGAGGAGUCGUCUCUCUCAGAGAUUUGACCUGCAAAAGAGGUAACCAAUGGUACGUUCAAGGACAGCUGGGAAAGAGGGGAGACUUAAUUAUGUACAGACAUUUUUCCUUUUGUUUUUUUGUUGUUGUUCCUAUUGACUUUUUCUACUUCAUAUUUCCAAUUAGCAGUCGGUUGCCAGUGCUGCUUGUGUUUAUUUAACCGUGGUCUCAGAGAGGCACAUUUUCUGUCUCCAUUUUCACAGAGCCAAGUGUGAAGGAUAACUCUUCAGCAUAGCAGAAAAGAUAUGAUAGCGAUUUUUGCGUGAAGUAUUCAGAGCGUCCCCAAGAUUCUUUUUUUUUUGUGUAAAAGCGUCCAAAAAUGUAACACUGAAACACGACUGAUAAAAUAUUGGCUGUAAAUUAGAAUUUAACAUCUUAAGCUUAAAUCAAAGGGCCAUACCUGUUAUUAUUGCAUGUUUCAGCUCAUAAAACUCUUACACUUAUCAUAACUGGUGAUCAUUUUCCAAAAGUUCAAACACUUUAUAGCUUUCCUCUUUUCCCCUGCAACUAUUGCAAGUUGAUUUUAAUAUAAUAAUUAUAAUAAUAUUGAUGACAAAGACUUGAAACAAGCCAAGCUUCGCAACAGGGCCUUGUGUUUAACCUGGGGUAAUGCACAGUUGGAGAAAAAGCAGGUGUAGUGAGAAAUGUCAAAACAAGAUGUCGCUGAUUGUACUCCAGAGGGAAACGUUAGGAUGCUUUUUUAUCCACAUCCUUACAGAUAAAUUGAACUUUAUCAGGGAAGUGAUUUUGUGGGGAUCAUUUUGUUGUUUUUAAGAACCGAGACACAGAAGACUUGGUCAGAAAUUUGUGUCAGGAGUGCAGGGUAGCAGCACCACCGUGUGGUUAAGAUGAUAAUUUCAUUCUUUUGAGACUGGUGUUCUACUUAGGCUGGUUUCUCUUGAUAUCACUUUUUUUUUUUUAAUUUUCAUGGCAUUUUUUUACCUGCUGUAGGGAUUUCACAUCUUUUCUUAAAGCAAAGGAUCUAAUUGAGUUGAGGACAGAGCCAGUGAAAAGCACACAGAGGGAACUAAGGGUGUAAUGUAUUCUCUUUAAACAUGGAAACAAUGGGGUGUAAUCCUCUUCAGUAGAGGCAAAUUUCAUAUUCUUGUAGUAAUCUGUCACAGUGACACUAGUUCAUAGAAAAUUUCUGAAAGAGACAAACACUUGAUAGGGAACAUUAUUUAAAUUUUAUUUAUCGCACCCCAUAAACCAAAUCUGAGUUUUGAUACUAUGCAGGAUUAAGGAUUGUCACCAGUGAAAGUAAAAGCCAACCCCAGAUACAUUCUCAUUUGGUGUUUCGCCCCACUAUAUUUGGGUUUAGUUUGGCCUGCGUUACUUUCUUGCCUCCUGCUUACAUUCUAGCACCUGGUAACAACCUUAGUAGAGUCUAAACAUAGUUUUUGUUUGUUUGUUUAUUUUUGAAAAUCCUGCAUAAUAUAGUUUAAAGAGCAACUCUCAUAGGCUGAAUGCAGUCUAAAGUAUUUAGAAAAGAGUGUCGAUUUUUAGAGCUGUCAGGUGAACAUGUGUUCAAUGUUGUCAAUCUUGCUGGCCUACCAGGAACAAAGAGCACUGAGGCUUCUGGGAAAUCUCUGCUGUGUCAUGUAAACAUCUGAGGAACUGGAUAAACUAGUGUUCAAAGGAGUUUUGUAAAAGCUCUUUGGGUCAGAGCUAGGCAUUGCAAAAACUACAUUCGGAGUGAUUCAUUUAGGAUGCAAAAUUAACGUUUUUAUCCACUGUCCAAAUGGCUAGUAAAUUUAAACUUUUACCAGCCACUUAACAGAUUACCAUCUUCUUUUGGCUGGUGAGAGAAGCAGAAUCUACCAGCAUUUUUUUCCAGCAUUUUGUUUGUGCCCUGGUUACACGCUUUACCGUAAAAGCUAUAGUUUGUUUUGAUGACACAGUAACAUAGAAAUUGUCUGCAGUUUCUUUCUGUUUAACCCGCUGACUGAGCAGUGUGACUAUGUGGCCUUCCCUAGUCAGCUUUCACUCUUGGGAAACACUUUUUUCCCCAUGUCAGAUGCACUAGCACUGCUGCACGUAAGACCAACAGCAUUUUUGCGACACACUUAUUUUAGUUCAAAAUGUUGCUGAUGUGGCGUUUCCUUGAAGGAAAAAUCCAUUCUGAGAGAUUCUGGUGAACUCACUUUGUUUCUGACUUUUCAACCACAGAGGAUAGAUGCUGUUAACUAAUAUCCUGACUAAUCGACACUAAACUGUGCUCAUUUUUCUCUGUCCUCAGUUGUACUGCAAGCUCAUUACACUCAGCAUAAAGUAGCGAAAAACUCCACCAAUGAUGACCCAGACCCACUGAUUUAGUUUUUUAAGUUUUAUUCAUUUUUGGCACAGAUCCCACAGUGCUGUAGCCUCUAAAAAGGAAAAAAAAUCUUCUUUUUUCAUGUCAUUAUUUUUGUUUUUGUUUGAUAAAUGGUUUCUUUGGUGUAAAUUUUUUUUCGGAAAUUAGAUGCUGAUUUGUCUUCCGGGUCUGCACUUCUAGAGGCUCUUUGCUUUUGGUUAUUUUAAAAGUCCUUUGGUCAGAUUGUCUUUGAACAGUUCUUGCCAAGUUUUUAUGGGCUGAUGUCGUGUGAAUGAGCCUGCGUUCAGUUUAGCCGAAUGCGAGUGCUGUAAGACAGUGACUAGAUGAAGAAACCGUGGCUGCUUGAAACUGGUUUUGGUACUUUGUCAGUUCUCUUCAUGUGUGUAAUUUAUGUUUUACUUCUCCAGCUUUAAAAGCACAAAGCAGCUACUGGUUCCUCUUAUGACCAGAAUUCAGCAAGGUGACACAUGAAGAAAAAUUUUUUUGAGAGAGAAAACCUUUCUGAGUUAUUGUGAUCAAAUGGUGUCGAGGGAAUAUUGGACAUUAGCUACAGAUGCACUGAUGCUAAAUUACUGUAUCUGAGGGCUGGGCGAUAUGGAGAAAAUUAUAUACCUCGAUAUCGAUACUACGACGAUAUUGUAGGGUCGACUAUUGGUGCUUUCACAAAGUAUUUACACAAUUAGAUUUUUCAUAAUAAUCUUAAGUAAUUUGGAUACAAUGAAAGUGGGCAAAACAGCUAGAACAGUUUUGUAUAUUCAGAAAAUUACAUUUUAUUUUAAUGCAGCCUUUAAAAUCAGGAAAGACGAAAUACAAUACUAUGAUAUCCAAAAACUAAGGCUAUAUCUAGUCACAUAUCACAAUAUCGAUAUAUUGUCAAGCCCUACUGUACACAUUUUGAUGUUUUAAAAUCCCCAAUGAGGAGCCGGAGGUCUGUUUAGCAUAACUAAUUUAGGGUUUGUCUUAUUUUCUGAAUUAUUUCUACGUUAUUUGCAACAACUUACUUGAACGUGCACACAAUUAAAGAUAUUUUAGAAAUGGUUUAUCCAAACCUCAUAGAUUGAGCCACAUUCAGGAAAAACGUUAUGGCACUGUCAGCCUUUCCCAAAUACAAUUCUACAUAUUUUUUUUGAAAAGUCAAAGUUAAAGGCACCCUGAAGAGUUUUGGUUAUUAGUAGCAUUAUGGAACAGUGGUUUUGUAUUUGUGUGUCUCAAACACACAAGGCUCGGGCAGUAUCGCAGUAUAUCAGGGUACUUAAAAAUUUAUGUUUAAUUUUCGAUACCAUCAAAAAUAUAUGCUCCUCUUUGUACUCAAACGGAAAAGCUUUAUUCAGGAUAUGUAGUACACAGCAGGCACCACUAGAGGUCUUUACUGUUGGAACAGACAGCUGAGCUGACAGUUAUGGUGACUGGGGAUAAUGUUACAGAACUGUAAACGGUUGGCAAGCAGUGACAAACUGUGCGAAAAAGCAGCAUAUUUUCACAUCUAACUCUGUAAAUUAAAGGUUUAUUUUGACCAAAUUAGAAAUGAUGACUGUUGAAACAGUGAACUAACUGGACGAGCAAUGAGACUAAGGCAGUUUAAGUGAGUUUUAUUUUGUUUCUGACAAGUUCGAAUGAAGUUAGGAAGGCAAUUACGCUGGUCUUGGUUAUGUGAAAGAGAGAAAUGUGAAUUCAGAAGGUGUAUGGUUGUAUUUCUCUGUUUAAUAGGGAAAAUAGGCAUAACAGUAUUAUUGUUCUAGACAUUUUGUGAGUUUGUUUAUUUACUAGACUGAAAAACAAAGACAGCUUGCAGAACAGAGCAAAUGUGAUGGUUGGGGAUGGGUGUUAGGUGGCGCCAAACAGGAAAAAAACGUUUUAUACCACAUACCCCAGCGAAAUUUAAGUUACGAAGGUAUGUAAAAAUAGAUACUGCCCAAGCCGAAAACACGUUUGGUAAUAAAAACACAAUGUGAACACAAUUUUGUUCGUUUACAAGAAAACUCAACUAAGCAUCUUUUAACCCAACU